CUUUUUGGUCAUUUAACACGCCUGUAAGGGUGGCGAAGAAAGAGGAGGAGGAGACGGCCGGAUUUCGGGAAGAGAAAGCGGAUGAGAGAUGAAUCAACCAAGUGGUGAAGCGUUUUCUGGUGGAUUUAUUUAACGAUGUAACGGUUUAGGAGUAGAUCUUUAUCGUAUCAGUUCGGGAUUCAUCGUGUCGGCUUCGGCUUGGCUGCUCCUGACACGGCUCUAUUUCUCGCUUUUUCCUUUAACGUAGACUGUUCUACGAGAACACGUCGAGAACGGACUGCUAUCCAACAACACGAAAUAUCAGUGUUGUUGUUUUCAGAAAACAAAUCCGACAUUUUCCCCUGAUAUCGCCUGUAAGAGCUGAAGAUGUCGGGCCAGAGCAUAACGGACAGAAUCACAGCCGCUCAGCACAGCGUUACCGGCUCAGCUGUGUCCAAAACCGUGUGUAAAGCCACCACACAUGAAAUCAUGGGUCCCAAAAAGAAACACUUGGACUAUCUCAUCCACUGCACCAAUGAGAUGAACGUAAACAUUCCUCAACUGGCUGACUCGCUGUUUGAAAGGACCACCAACACCAGCUGGGUGGUCGUCUUCAAAUCCCUCAUCACAACACACCACCUCAUGGUCUAUGGCAAUGAGCGCUUUGUUCAGUACUUGGCCUCCAGGAAUACGUUAUUCAACCUCAGUAACUUUUUGGACAAAAGUGGGCUGCAAGGCUAUGACAUGUCAACAUUUAUCCGGAGGUACAGCCGGUACCUGAAUGAAAAAGCAGUGUCAUAUCGACAGGUGGCUUUUGAUUUUACAAAAGUAAAGCGUGGGGUUGAUGGAGUGAUGCGAACUAUGAACACUGAGAAACUUCUGAAAACCAUUCCAAUCAUCCAGAAUCAGAUGGACGCCCUUCUCGACUUCAAUGUCAAUGCCAACGAGCUCACCAAUGGGGUCAUCAAUGCAGCCUUCAUGCUUCUUUUCAAAGAUUCCAUCAGGCUUUUUGCAGCUUAUAAUGAGGGGAUAAUCAACCUGCUGGAAAAGUAUUUUGACAUGAAGAAAGUCCAGUGCAAAGAGGGCCUGGAUAUUUACAAGAAGUUCCUCACCAGAAUGACCCGUAUCUCCGAGUUCCUCAAAGUAGCAGAGCAGGUGGGGAUAGACCGAGGGGACAUUCCUGACCUCUCCCAGGCUCCCAGCAGUCUUCUGGAUGCUUUAGAGCAGCACUUGGCUUCUCUGGAAGGCAAGAAGGUCAAAGACUCUACUGCAGCCAGCAGGGCAAGCACGCUCUCCAAUGCUGUGUCGUCACUGGCCAACACUGGCAUGUCCUUUACCAAAGUGGAUGAGAGGGAAAAACAGGCCGCCUUAGAGGAGGAGCAGGCACGACUGAAGGCACUUAAGGAGCAGAGGUUGAAGGAGCUUUCUAAGAGGCCCUCGUUUUCUACCACUGACACGUCUCCGGUCUCCACCACAGCAGCCUGCAUCAGUACAGCACCUGCCAUCGACCUGUUCUCCACCCCUAGCUGCUCAAAUGGUGCUUUGAAGAUGGAAAGUGACCUGUUUGAUCUGAACAGCACCUUCAAGCCGCCCAUGCAGGCCGGCCUCUCAGGAUCCACACCAUGGGGAGAUCCUUUCUCUUCUUCUGAAGCUGUCGAUGACUCCAUUCCAAACCUAAACCCUUUUCUAACCAAACAUGUCGAUCCUGCUCAUCUACCCGCUGUAUCGUCUGACGGUGUUAGUUUUCCCUCUAGGACGUCUGGUCAUGAGCUGUUCAGUGAUCAAUACAAUCCCUUUAUUGAUCCAAGCUCAUCCGUAUCAACCAAUUACAAACGAACCGUGCGGAUAGAACCCUUAAUCUCAGACUCUUUUGGUCAAGCGUCGAUGAUCCAGCAUCACCCCUCUCCCUUCCAGCAUGAGUCCUCCACUGUACCAGGCAUAUUUCGAGGCUAUGGGCCACCGCAGGUUCCUCUACCACAGAACACAGGGGAGCUUAAUGUUGACUUUGAGUCUGUUUUUGGAAACAAGGCUGCCUCAUCAGGCGACCUGGACACCGAUGGUGGAAUUUUAAAGCCCAUGGUGGCCGGCUCUAAUCAGCUUUCCACGCUGCACCAAGAUAAGCUCAUGUCAAAUGAUCUGGACUCCUCCCUUGCAAAUCUGGUUGGAAAUCUGGGAAUUGGAAAUGGCACUACAAAAAAUGAUAUCCAUUGGAACCAGCCAGGAGAGAAAAAACUGACUGGAGGAAUGAACUGGCAACCCAAAGCGGCUCCUUCCACUACUUGGAAUCCUGUCUCAAUGCAACCGUCAGUUAUGGCCUUUCCUGCAACAACACCUACAGGCAUGAUAGGAUAUGGCAUGACUCCACAGUUGCCCUCCAUGGCCAUGAUGACCCAGCCCACAGUGAUGUACACUCAGCCUGUCAUGAGACCGUCCAACCCAUUCGGAUCCGUGUCCAGUGCACAGCCUUCUGCUGCCUCUAGUCCCUCCAGUCAGAGUCCUCUCCGGGCCCCAGGACAAGACCCCUUUGCACAGCUCUCUCUCAAGGAUUUCCUGUAGAUCUUCUCUUGUCUAGAUGCAGUUUAUGUAACACCAGAUGAAUUCACUCCCGGAAGUCGAUGCACCAUGCAGCAAACCUCUUGUUCUGCUGCCAUGCUCGUCAGAGGAACCAACCACGUUUAAAACACCAACCCUGCAGGAACCGAAGGUGUAAUAAGACCGAGAGCUUAUUACAAUCAUGUUUGUAAUCUUCAAAAUGAAACGAUGCUGCUGUUCUGCCCUGAUAGGGAUUCCUCAUGUAUUUUAUAUUCUGUAAAGAAAGCUGAAGGAAACAGAGAGAGUUUCAUACUUGAGAAAAACCUCUUGUUUAUUCUUCCCUUUUUGCUGUUUAAGUUAGGGGUGUUUUUGUUAUUAAAGAGGAGUAAAUGUCAGUAAACUCCUAUACUCAAUGUUAGAAAAAAACAGUUAGGAUAGUUAACCUCUUCCUUUAGUUUGUCUUUUUAAUUGUGUUCACAAAUAGACCUCACUUCAGUGUUGUUUGUAUUUAUUUAUGGGUUUGCCUCAAAAAAGUGAACAUGUAUGUACAUGUAUGCAUCGGAAAAACGAUAAAUAUUUUAGCAUAACAUGUGGGUUGGAUUGUAUAAGGCGUGCAGUUAGAGAUUUUAAAUAGCUAUGUGAAAAAUACACAGUAAGCUGAAUGAUAUAGCACUAAAUAUUCUCUAAGUUUUAUGUCUAGAUAUAAUAUUUGUAGACCAAGCAUACACAAUCCAAAAAUAUUUGAUGGAUAAGAUUUGGAGAUUUCGAGUCGAUCACAGUGCCUAGCGUUAUUGGGUAGUCACUAUCUGUGAGAUGUUGCACUUGGGAAGGAAUUUGUUUCUGCAUUAUGCAUGGCAUGCCAUCGUUUCUCAUACACUGGUCCACAUGGCUGCCUCCGAGCUGAAUCUCUUGAAUGUGAAGAUUUGCAAAGAUCACGUUGCAGAUCUGGAUCAAGCGAGCCACCUCACACAGGACCGUCGGCUGGGAGGACCCGGUUCCCUCACUGGAUAUUGGUCGUGGAUUAGGGUCGUAUUUAUCACUGUAUAUUUAUCAUGUAAAAUUCAAAGUCUUGAUGAAGAGUAACAUGAAGCACUGUUGAUCAGUGUUUUUUGUAUAUACUGAAUUCAGGGCAGUUAGCUAAGGUCAGAGACUGACAGAUAAAAGGAAUUCAGUUGAGUCUGACUUACCUGAAGUUCUACUGAAUAUUCUUGUCCUCACAGAUUUGUUUUUUUGUUACUUAUUUAAAAAAUGUAAGAAGAAAAAUAGUGGCGUUUUUUUUCUUUUCCAAAUAAAGUGCAGCUUCCACAAA